AUGCAUUGGACCUUUGCUGCACACGCAACGACACCCUCUGGAAAUGGGCCAGAAAUAUCGCCUAUUCUUCUGCAGCGGGCGCGUGCAGUUGCCGCCGAGCACCAGCAGCUGGCGGCUGCGAACGCAGAGAACUACGACGUCGCCGUCGCGAAGAGGAUUGGGGAGCUGGGUCCCGUGUCUGCGGCGCUGAAGGAGUGGGACAAUGCGCAGAAUUCUCUCGAAGAACUCAACGCUCUCCUUCACGACCCGUCGUCCGACGCUGAGCUUCGCUCCCUCGCAGAAACUGACAUCCAAGCUACCACUGCGUCUUUGCGCUCCCUUGCUUCGAAGCUCAAGCGGUCGCUCAUCCCGCCCCACCCUUUCGCUCACAUGCCAUGUCUUAUCGAAAUCCACCCUGGCGCCGGCGGCUCUGAGGCUUCCCUGUUCGCCCAGAGCCUGUUGAACAUGUACACCGACUUCUGCGCGCGGAAGAGAUGGCCCACCACGCUGGCGAGUUACACGCCGGACGACUCGACCCACGAAGCGGGCCUAACCGAUGCGCUGUUGGAAGUCAACCAUCCGGGCUCAUAUGAUGUGCUAAGAACAGAGGCUGGGGUCCAUCGCGUGCAACGCGUCCCCGCGACGGAGAAGAAAGGCCGAACACACACCAGCGCGGUCUCGAUACUCGUCCUGCCCAACCUGCCCGACUCGUCCGCAAACGGUGACGGCUUGGACUACGACGACCCGAACUCGGAUUACUACGUCUCGCCGACAGAGGUGAAGUCCGAGACGAUGCGUGCGCGCGGGGCCGGAGGCCAACACGUCAACAAGACCGACUCGGCGGUGCGGCUGACUCACCUGCCCACGGGCACCGUCGUGGCGAUGCAAGACUCGCGCUCGCAGCACAAGAACCGCGAAAAGGCGUGGACGUUGCUUCGCGCCAAGCUGGCCCAGAUGCGCCGCGAGCAGCGCGAGGCCGAGGUCAUCAGCAUGCGCCGCGCGGCCAUGGGCGGCGUCGCCAGGACCGGAAGAGAGGACAAGAUCCGCACGUACAACUUCUCCCAAAACAGGGUCACAGACCACCGCUGUGGCGUCGAGAGUAGCGAUCUGGACGGCGUCCUCGGCGGGGGACAGAGCUUGGAGAUGGUCAUGGGCAGUGUCAGGGAGUGGAUGAACGAGGAAGAAGUCAAGGGCUUAGUGGUCGAGGAAGAGAUGAAGAUGAAGAGCAAGGACCGCAACGGCAAUGGGAUUGGCAACGGGAACGGGAAGAAAUGA